CCUAAAAGCUAAAUCCGGACACAAACUCGGAUUGAGCUACUAGACCAUGCAAAAAUUAAAAAGGACCACACUAAAAGUCUCUUGAUAACCAAUAAAUUGACAUACAUGAACAAUCAUAUUUCAUAAAACGGAUGUUUACGUAAGCUAUUAAAGGAUUGAUCUUUUAAUAGCGAUUGUCAUACUUAAAAGAAAGCACAGGAUUGGAAAAUCUAUGCCAAUAAAUGAAUAACGGAAUUUCAAGGAUUUGCAUAUGAACUCCUAUGACUUUUUGAUUUUACGAAGAUGCCAGGAUUUCAGUGCCUGCCUUGUAAUGUUAAUUUAAAUUCCCAGGAGCAGUUAGCCCAACAUAGGGCUGGUGCAAAGCACCUCAAGAAACUGAAAGAAAAAGUCAUAGGUUUGGCCCCAGAGAAAGAUGCCUUGCCUGCUGCUGAACCUAAACUCUACGGAACUUUCGUUGCAUCUAAACUGACUCCUGUGAUAGGAAAUGUUGGGAAGAUAGACUUGAGUAACAAGCCUUUAUUCCCCCCUCCUCCUCCUCCACCUCCAGUUCAUCUGAUGGCACAGAGUGCAGUCAUUGCACCCAAACAAUCUGCAGCACAGGGAGGAUCCCCUGCAUCUACCAUUAAGCCACAAGCUAGACCUCUCCCUCCUCACCUGAUGCCAAUGGGUGCACCACCACGACCUCCAUCUAAUCUGUGUGCACCACUGAGACCUACAUCUCAUCCAUGUGCACCAAUUAGAGGAAAAAGAUUCAGUGAACCACUAGACAAUGGACAAACAGGAGCAAUAGAUCAGCAGACGGUUAAUUCUCUUCUGGGAAUCACUCCGGUGAUGAAAGCUGUGGUGAAUAAUGCUCUAGGGAACCUCCCAUUGAAGAGAAAGUUACACAUUAGUAGAUGUGAUGCAUGUGAUAUUGAAUUCAAUGCUGAAUCACAAGAAAGACAACAUUAUGAUGGAAAGAAACAUGCUAAAAGAAUGAGGACCUUGGCAUUAGAAAUCAAACCUGGAGGUGAAGUAUCGCCAUCAGUGCUACAAGCUAGUGGAUUUACCUGUCAAUUUUGUGAUGUGCUGCUGAAUUCACUAGAGCAGCUGGAACAACAUAGAUUUGGUUCUAAACACCAGAAGAAAGUGGCUGCAGCAAAGACACCUGGUGGAACACCUUCUGGAACAGAGGACAACAGUCCACAGGAGAAUGAUCUCACUGUCUGAUAUUUUAGUCUACUAAUCCAGACUCAUGUUAUCUUCUUGCAGUAUUGACAAAGAUUUAGAUCUAUAAGAUUACUGUAUGUCAUGUGAUACUGUAAAUUCAGGAAGUUAAUGUGAAAAAUUUGACAGUAUUAUGAUUUGCAGUAAUAAACACUUACGUUAAUAGUUACAAGAAGUGACUUUUUCUUCCUGAUAUACUUGCAAUAACAAAUACACACUGAAAUGUUAGAUAAAUUGUUUGUAACAAUCAUACGAGGGAGGUCGAGUGUUCAGAGGGGACAGAAUGUUUUGUUCAUGGUCACAGGAAAUACACCUUUUCACUAUUUUGAAAUCUGUUGCUUGACCAGAGAAUCUGUCAACUUUUAAAACUUUUGACGUCCUGCAACAAUCCCUUUUCCAUUGUGGCAACAGAUAUUUUCUAUUAUGGCGUCAAAACUUUACAGGAACCUUUGUGAUGUCCAGUAUUGGCGGACGAAUAGAAAUAAGGUGUAUACUAAAGAAUACAAUGUAUAUUGUUUAAUAUAAAAAAAAAAGAAGAUGUGGUAUGAUUACAAAUGAGACAACUCUCCAAGAGAGACCAAAAUGACACACAAAUUAACAACUAUAGGUUACUGUAAGACUUCAACAAUGAGCAAAGCCAAUACCACAUAGUCUGCUAUCAAAGUCCCAGAAAAGACAAUGUUAAACAAUUCAGACGUGAAAACUAACGGCCUUAUUUAUGUAAAAAAAAAAGUAACACAAACAAACGACAACCACUGAAUUACAGGCUCCUCACUUGGGACAGGCACAUACAUACAUAAUGUGGCGGGGUUAAACAUGUUAGCAGGAUCCAAAAAAGGAUAGAUAAAAACUAGGAUACUAUUACUGGAUUUUUAUAAAAGCUGACGUAUUAGAGAGGAUAAGCGUGCUUUAUCAUCACUUGUAGUCUGGUGUCGGCAUUUACUUUUAAAAAUUUGUUUCCUCUGAAACUACUUACCCAAAUUAAAUCAAACUUGGCAACAAUUAUCAUUAAGUAUCUAGUUUAAAACACAACUAACAUGGCUGCAAAGUAGCACAUAAGGGUAAAAUGCAUUGUAAAUUAAAAAUUAUUGCGAAAAUGCAACACAUAGCAAUAACCUUCAACGCUCAUUUUGAAAUUUUUUAUAAGGAUUAAACAGGAUUUUUCUCAAUAUG